UCUUCACUGAGUUUUAAUCUAAAUCACAAUGAAAGCAGUCAUUCUAAUUCUGGUUCUAGUGACAGUUGUUCAUGCAACUAGUCUAAAAGACAUUCUUAAGGAUGAGUUUAACGCCUUCAAAUUGAAGCAGCACAAAAUCUACAAGGAUUCUACUGAGGAGUUGAAGCGCCUUCAGAUAUUCGUGGAAAACAAGAAACUGAUUGACAGGCACAACAAACGAUAUGAGGCAGGAAAGGAGUCUUACAAGAUGGGUGUGAAUAAAUUCACAGAUUUGACUCAAGAGGAAUUCAAAACUCUUGUGCUCACAAACCUCAAUCCUGCAGACGCCCAGGAAGGCAUCGACUAUAUUUACAAUCCUUCUGCCAAGACUAGUCUCCCGAGUAGCGUUGAUUGGCGUCUUUCAGGCGCUGUUAAUCCAGUUAAAAAUCAAGGCUCCUGUGGUUCCUGUUGGGCUUUCUCUGCCGUCGGUUCACUAGAAAGUCAUAACUUUAUAAACUUAAACCAGAGAGUAUCCCUGUCCGAGCAAAAUUUGGUGGACUGCACAAGAGGUUAUCCCUAUUACAACCAAGGCUGUGGAGGUGGCUGGCCUAUUGAAGCAUUGAAUUAUGUAAGGGACAAUGGUGGUAUAAAUACUGAAAGCUCUUACCCAUAUGAAGGAGAAGACAAAUCUUGCCGUUACAAUAAGAACAACAUUGGAUCAAAAAUCUCUGCUGUUAUACAAAUUGCUAGCGGAGAUGAGGCCGCAUUGGCAUCCGCAGUCGCCAAGAAGGGACCCAUCUCGGUGUGCGUCGACGCCUCCUUGUUCCAAUACUACCAAAGUGGCGUCUUCAAUGAACCGUCGUGCUCUCAAUCUACAAAUCAUUGUAUUGUUGUUGAUGGCUACGGCACCGAUUCAGUUGGAGGAGAUUAUUGGCUGGCGAGGAACUCUUGGGGCGAGAAUUGGGGAGAAAUCGGAUACAUUCGCAUGGCUCGCAAUCGUAGCAAUCAAUGUGCUAUUGCCAGUUAUGCAAUUUAUCCUUUAAUUUAAUAAAUAUCUUUGUAUUUAUAUAAUUUAUAUUAUUUUAUUACAAAUAAAUAAUUGUUAAUCCCA